GCCGCAUCCUCAAUAUACCCGUCGCAGAACAAGGCCAGAAGACGCGUCCAAGUCUGUGGACAAACACUGGGGAAAAUCUAACCGAAAAGUGGUGGAAACAGGACGCAAAAGCAAUAUGUCACACGCUGGCUCUUACGACUCAUCUCGUUCCCACUCAGUCAUGACAGAAGACGAGGAGGAUUGGGAGGACUACGUCAAAGGUGGCUAUCACCCAGUACACAUCGGCGACACCUUCUCGGAUGGGCGAUAUGUUGUAGUCAGGAAACUCGGCUGGGGGCACUUCUCGACGGUCUGGUUAGCGAAGGAUACAAAAAUGAACCGCCAUGUCGCGCUCAAGAUUGUAAAAUCAGCACCUCGCUAUACAGAGACCGCGUUGGACGAGAUCAAACUACUCCAAAGACUCAUUACAUCCUCCACACCUCCAAUCCAGCCGACCCCCGACAACCCAAAUCCGCCCCUCUCGCCUGCGCAGACCCACUCGGGCAAAUCGCAUGUCAUUUCGUUCCUCGACCACUUCCGACACAAGGGGCCGAAUGGCACCCAUGUCUGCAUGGUUUUCGAAGUUCUGGGAGAGAACCUUCUCGGCCUCAUCAAGCGGCACCAAAACAAGGGCGUUCCCAUGCACCUCGUCAAGCAGAUCGCGAAGCAGAUUCUCCUCGGGCUCGACUACAUGCACCGCUGUUGCGGCGUCAUUCACACCGACCUCAAGCCGGAGAACGUGCUCAUAUGCAUCGAGAACGUCGAAGAGAUCAUCUCAGCCGAGCUCGCCGCCCAGUCCGCAUCCGCGACCGCGCCGCCGACACGCCUCGUCGGAGUCCCGCCGUCCAAGGGGCGCGGGGGCAACCAGACGCCAAGAUCCGAGUCCGUCUUCAUCACGGGGUCACAGCCGCUGCCGUCGCCAAGUUCGUCGUACGGCUCGUCCUCGCACCUCGACCGGUGGGCGUUCGGGAUGAGCAAGAUCGAGGGCGAGGCUGCGAGCAAGCCGGGCUCACUCGGGGACGGCGCGCUCGAGAUCAAGAAGAAGGGCAGCAGCAGCGGGAGCAAGGACGACGCGGGCCCGCGCUCGGACUCGAUGGAGCAGGCUGCGGAGCGGAUAUCGAACGUGAAGCUCGAGGGCUCACCCUUUGGCGAGAAGCAGGCCUCGGGCAGGGGCAAGCCCUCGGGGCUGUCGCUCCUCUCGCAGCAGGCCCCAACGCAAAAGCAGCCAGAGCCGCCAGAGCCCAACCCGCCGCCGUACAUGGAGGGCGCGCUCGAGGAUGAGGGUACCACGAACGGCCCGGCGCCGCCGAUAUCGUCGUCUGCGAUGUCCGUCGACCAGCAGCUGCCGCUUUUGGACGGGACGGAGAAGAUCACGGUCAAGAUCGCUGAUCUGGGCAACGCGACGUGGGUCGAGCAUCACUUCACGGACGACAUCCAGACGCGGCAGUAUCGCUGUCCUGAAGUUAUUCUCGGCGCGAGGUGGGGGACGAGUGCAGAUAUCUGGAGCGUUGCCUGCAUAAUAUUCGAGCUCCUGACUGGCGGAGACUAUCUUUUCGACCCUGCAUCUGGAUCGCGGUAUAGCAAGGACGAUGAUCACAUAGCACAGAUCAUGGAGCUCAUGGGCGAGUUCCCGAAGAGCGUCGCGUUCUCGGGCAAGUACAGCUCGGACUUUUUCAGCCGGAAAGGCGAGCUUCGGCACAUCCAGAAACUGCGCUUCUGGCCGCUCGGGGACGUGCUGCACGACAAGUACCUGCUGCCGAAGGAGGAGGCGGACAUGAUCGCGUCGUUCCUGAACCCGAUGCUGCGGCUCAUACCCGAGAAGCGCGCGAAGGCGAGCGAGCUCACCCACCACGCCUGGCUGGACGGCACCGUCGUGCAGGGCGAGAUCGACGUGAUCCGGCGGGCGGAGGAUGAGGACCGAAAGCGGCGGGCGGCGGUGGCGGCGCAGGCGAACAAGGGCAAGGCGAUCGAGGCGCCGUUGCGGACCAGGGCGGACGAGCAGGAGGAGGACGCGAUGAAGCCGGUGGACGAGGCCGUCGGGGCAGACGAUGUACCCAAGAUCGCGGUGCCGGUGCCGUCGUCGGCGGGCGGGAAGGAGAAUGCGCACCGGACGGUGCCCACGCUGCAUUCUGUGCCACACCAUACGAAGCCGGGGGACCAGCACAAACGCUGACUGGCGUGAACGACACUACUAGUACUUUGAUUGCUCGAGUUUUCUCUGCCUUGCUAUUGCCUUUUGAUGUGCCAUAGAUUGGCUUGACUUGUAGAUCGAUGGUUCCCCUGUUCUUCAUCUGUAGCAGUUUGUGUACCUGUGCUUGUGCUGUUUGUUUCACUAAUACGUUCUUGCUUUCUUAGUUCCUGUUCUGUAGUGGCUCUCCUGUUGGCUCGGCUAUACCAGUGAACUUACUCACUCUGAGGCAGCAUUCGAUAUAC